AUGCAGGAGAGCAAAAGUAGCAGGAGCGGCACCAGUGGCAGCGGCAGCGGCGGCGUUGAUAUAAUCAACGGCAACAGCAGCGUGUCCAAGCUGCGACCACUGGCCAGAUUGGACCGUCUGCUGCGCCGCUGGCUUCCGGGCUACAACUAUUUGCGUGGUGCUGGUGGCGGCAUCAUCGGCAGCAGCGGUGGUAGGCAAUCGCCUGGGACGGGUGCGGUGACGCCACCAUUGAAUGUAGUGGAACAGCAGCGGUCCGGGCGGCAGACACCGCUCACCGUUGAUCCACCGCUGACGGUCAGGAGGCGACGGGAUGGGGAAGUGUUAUUGGAUACGGGCAUUGCCAAAUCCGAGUUCUGCUUGAAGUUGGAAAAGCUGCUGCGGGCCAAGCUAAUUGUCAAGGAUUAGCGGCUAACCUCAGCAGCUGCAACAACAACAGCCAAGAGCACACACAUGCAAACACACACACACACAUGCACACACACAUGCACACACACAUACACACGCACACAACAAAAAAGAAAAAAAAUCAAUGAUGGUGAUUAAAGAAAAGAAGAAUUGAACAGUGUUGCAGUCGUUGUCAUAGAUAUGAAUAUAUAUUAUAUAUAAAACAAAACUCUUUUCCCGAUAAUCACACACCAUAAAUUACAGUUAAUAAAUUUGAUUUAAAAGUUUAAAACACAAACCGGACUGCCCGAACAGCCA